GCACGGUUCACAACGACCGCACAAGUGAAUGUUCCCUCGUCUUGCUCGUCACCCCCGCAAUUUUGCAUCUCUUCUUUACAAACCACCACCACUAUCUACUUACAGGGCAUAUACGACGAUGGCACCCCCAGAUCAGAGCGCGGACUGGCACAGCGCUGAAUCAGCCAAGGGGUUGAAGUUGUCGUACUUCACGAAGCCCAUCGAAAAAUCUCAACAGGACGACAGGGACUACAGGCUGAUCAGACUGGAGAACGGGCUGCAGGCCAUGCUUAUUCACGACGCAAAGGCGGACAAGGCGGCUGCAAGUCUCGAUGUGGCGGUGGGACACCUCUAUGAUCCGGCUGACAUGCCUGGCCUCGCACAUUUCUGCGAACAUCUCUUGUUCAUGGGCACGGAGCAAUACCCUAAAGAGAAUGAAUACUCCGAAUAUCUCUCCAAAAAUAACGGCUCUUCCAAUGCCUACACCGCAUCGUCCAACACGAACUAUUACUUUAAUGUUGCACCCUCCGCCCUCCCUGGUGCCAUUUCCCGCUUUUCCGGCUUCUUCCACUCGCCGCUCUUCGCCCCCUCGUGUACCGUGCGCGAGCUCAACGCCGUAGACUCGGAACACAAAAAGAACCACCAAAACGAUGUCUGGAGGAUUUUCCAGCUCAAUAAACAUCUGACUAAGGAAGGGCAUGUCUGGAAUAAAUUCGGUAGCGGGAAUAAGGAGACUUUGACGAGGGUGGGGAGAGAGGCAAAAGCGGUGGAGGCAGCCGAGAGGAAGAGGGUCGCUGCUGAAUCGACGGUUAACGGUAAUGGUAAUGGGUUUUUGACGCCGAAUGCCAGUGCCGCCCCGUCGAGGAUACCGUCGCCUGCUCCUUCGGUGAAUUCGGCGAUUGGUGAGGUGGGCGAGGCGGACGGCGGGCUUGUAGGAAGGGAGACGAGGAGGAGGUUGAUUGAAUGGUGGAGUAAGGAGUAUUGCGCAAGUAGAAUGAGGUUGUGCGUCAUCGGAAAGGACUCUUUGGACGAUCUUGCAGAGAUGGUCACGGAGAACUUUUCCCCGAUCAAGAAUAGGGGCCAAGAGCCUCUGCCUAUGAUCCCAGAUCACCCCUUCGGUCCGGGGGAGAAAAGCACGCUCGUAUCAGUCCAAACUAUCAUGGCCUUCCACAUCCUCGAGAUCUCCUUCCCGCUUGACUAUCAACCUCCCCACUGGCGGCACAAGCCUGGCACUUUCCUCGCUGGCCUAGUAGGUCACGAAGGGCCCGGAUCGCUGCAUUCGUAUCUAAAGAAUAAGGGCUGGUUGACGGCGUUGAGUGCAGGGCCGCAAAACCUGGGCAGAGGCUUUGCGAUGUUCAAAGUUACAUUGCAUAUGACAAAGGAUGGAUUCGCCAACUACCGUGAAGCUGCUCUGGCCGUGUUCUCCUACCUCUCCCUUCUCCGCUCCUCCGCUCUGGAACCAUGGCAUCAGAAAGAAUUCUCACAACUGCUUCAUACCCGUUUCCGCUUCGCCGAGAAAUCGCGUCCGGACGACUAUGCGGUAUGGAUGACAGCACAAAUGGCGUGGCCGACGCCAAGGGAACUGGUGGUCAAAGCCCCACAGGUGGUAUGGGAAUGGGAUGAGGCGGGUGAGGCAGAGAAGGAGGUGAGGAGAACGUUGGAGGGAUUGAGGGUGGCUGAGGGAAGAGCUGUUUUGAUGGGGAGAAAGGAGGAGCAUGUGAAAGUUGGUGGCGAGGGGGAGUGGGAGAAUGAGCCGUGGUAUGGGACGGAGUAUAAGGUUGUGAAGAUGGAUGAGGAAUUUGUCCGACUUGCGGAUGGUCCUUGUACCGUUCCGGAGCUGCACCUUCCUGGACCGAAUGAGUUCGUGCCGAUGAAUCUAGAUGUCGAGAAGAAGGAAGUUUCUGUGCCUCAACCACGACCACACCUUAUUCGGAAGACUGAACUUACGACGCUCUGGCAUAAAAAAGACGAUCAAUUCUGGGUUCCUAAGGCCAGUGUCAUCCUCGACAUUCGGAGUCCAUUCGCGGACGAUACUCCUUUAGCAACUGUUAUGACUCGACUAUACUCCGAUCUCGUAGAAGACUCCCUCACGGAGUAUGUCUACGACGCGGACUUGGCUGGCCUCAGUUAUAACUUCUCUUCAUCUUCGAGCGGGAUGUUCGUUCAUGUGCAAGGAUACAAUGACAAAUUGCACGUCUUGCUGCAGCAUGUCCUCGAGAGAAUCAAGACCAUCCAAGUUAAGAGGGAUCGGGUGGAGGUUAUGAAGGAGCAGUUGAAACGCAGCUGGGAGAACUACUUCCUUGGACAGUCCUAUAGGAUCUCGGAUUAUUACGGAAGAUACCUCAUGAGCGAAAGACAGUGGACCUUGCCCGAGAAGCUGAAGGUCCUGCCUUCUGUUACGGAGGAAACGAUUCAGGCCCACAUCAGCAAACUCUUGUCGAAGACGCAUGUUCAUAUGCUUGUCGGCGGUAAUCUGUACAAGGAUGAAGCUAUUAACCUUGCGAAAAUGACUGAGGAAAUCCUCGGCUCGACAUCAUUGCCAUCAGACGAAGUCGUCGACCUUGCAUUAUUGCUUCCCAAAGGCUCAAACUACGUCUUUUCCAUGCCCGUCCCCAAUCCGAACGAGCCUAAUUCCGCUCUGAUCUACUACACCCACUUCGGCCCCACAACCUCUCAACACCUGCGAGUCACGGCCGACCUCCUGACUCAGAUCCUUUCCGAACCUGCCUUCGACAUCCUUCGCACCAAAGAGCAGCUCGGCUACAUCGUCUCAGCAUCACAAUGGCUCUCCUCAGGCUCCGGUCAUACAGGCUUGAGAAUUGUGGUCCAGAGCGAGAGGGGCCCAGUGUAUUUGGAGGAGAGGGUCGAGGCGUUCUUGGAGCAUAUGAAAGGAGUGUUGGAAGGAAUGAGUGAAGAGGCUUUCCAGGAGCAGAAGGAUGGUCUGAAGGAGAAGUGGCAGGAGGCGCCAAAGAACGUAGGGCAGGAGAUGACGAGGUAUUGGGCGCAUAUUGAGUCCGGGUAUCUGGAUUUCAUGAGACGCCAGAAUAAUGUUGCGCAUCUGACGAAUGUGACGAAGCAAGACGUCCUUUCCCUCUUCAUGUCAAAUGUCCAUCCUUCGUCAACCACCCGGUCCAAACUCUCUGUUCACGCCAUUUCGCAAAAGCCCAGGACGAAACACGUCAGCCCCGCCGCGCUCCAGGCCUUCGUUGAGCUCGCCCGGCAGAGAUCUUCCUCAACGUCCAUUGAUAUCGACGAAAUUCCAUGGAAAGACGAAUUUGGCACCGCGGAGAACGAGCCUUCCGUGCUCGACUUUGCUAAGUUCUGGAAGACUGCGCUCGAAGAAAAAGGUGCUGAAGGGACGAAAGUGAUGGAAGGGUUGUUCGAGGCGCUACCAGACUUGAUCAAACAAUUCCCGGCAAAGGCUGAUUACGAGGGUGUAUUGCCAGAGGGAGUUAAGAAGGUGGAGGAUGUUGAAGCGUUCAAGAAGGGAUUGACGGUCAGCGAGAGGCCGAGGGCGCUGGUCCAGUGGGGAGAUUUGCCGACGCCCCAUCUUUGAAGAUGGUUUUGCGCAUAGAUGCCGAUCGCGGACAUCUUAGACGAAGGGAGAAUACCGUAUACUGCUCUAGAUUAAUAAUACAUAUAAAUACAUGUUAUUUUGUUUCCCC